AAAGAUCCCUUUAGUACAGCCAGCUCAUUCUCUGUAGAGGAGAUGGAAAGGAUUCGUCAACAAAAGAUUCCAACUCUAGUUGACUUACUGAAAACUGCAGAAAAGUACAACAAAUCUGUCAUUUUUGAUCUUCGGAAGCCACCUGCCAAUCAUGCAUACAACUCUCGAUACAUUAAUUUAACUGUGGAAACCAUUCUGAAUUCCACAAUAAAUCCUGAAUUGGUCCUCUGGCUACAUGACGAAGACAGAGAAAAGGUUGUCCAGAUGGCUCCAGGAUUCCAGCAGAUCUUUGGGGGCAAAGACGGACCUGUCUGGGACAAAGCACAGAGAAUCAAUUUUCCCUAUAAUAACAUCAGUGCUGAAAAGAUAGAAGACUAUCUCCAGAAGAAGGUUUUAGUGAACCUCUUUGUCAUUGACAAGCCAUGGCUGUUUUCUAUCUUCUGGUGUGCAAAUGUCAGCUCAGUCACUACAAAUGCUUGUCACAUCUUCAGUGAAAUGAAAGUUCCUGUCUGGCAUCUGGCACCUGACACGUACCAGAUGAUAUGGAUCCUUACAGACUGUGUCUCCUGUUUCAUCAUGCUGUCCAUGUUCCUCCUGCAGCGGUAUUGUAGCAGAAGAACGUUAAGGGCAGUGGAUCAUGACAAUGAAGUUUUGUUGCAACGAUUACACCAGCAUUUGGCAUAACUUAUGUCGCUUAGUGCAGCAACUUGGAUGCAGCGGUUGGAGGUAACAGAUCAGCACCAAUCUGUAGGGGAAAGAAUAUCAUGUUGUCCACUUAUGUGGUACUUUAUCUGCACUGAAGACAUCACACCUGCACCCCAAACAAGUUUACCUCUUCAUGAGAAGACACAAUUGGGCUUUUUGGUGCUUCUGGCUGAAUCACGGGGGAGUGUCACAUUCAGUAACCAGGGAUUCUUGAGCAGGAGCUCCAGAGAUGUUAGCUAUUCCAAAUAUUAAAUACUUAGCCCAGGAGUAUUAUUGAAACUGCCUGCUCAUCUACCUCCAAAUUGGAUUACUGAGACUCUAUUCCUUCACCAUGUUAAAAAUGGUAUUUGCAAGCAAACAUGUUCAACUAUUUUCUGUUAAUAGUACACUUAAAAUGUGCUACAGCUGUGCUUUUCUAUUCAUGAUGCAGCUAGCUAUGUUUCUGAUGGUGUUUUUCAAGGUGAAGGGGGUCAUGGGUUUGUGGUGUGGAUGUACCUUCAGCACACUAACAAAAUCCAUUCAGCAGCCACUGUGCCUAUCAUGUAGGAGAAGUUAUGAAUAUGGCUGACAGGUGCACUUAAGAUUCAUUACACUGAUAGUGUUAACCAUUUGAAAACGUACUGCGUCAUAGUCAUUGUCUUAUGGACUUAGAACUGACAGCUGCAUGUAAGAUUUACUGACACUUAUAAGGUAGGGGAAGACAUACUUCUGAGGGAAAGGAACCAUUGUGCAUAAUGCUUCCAGCCAGUACUUCUGUUCAACAGAUUAACCUGAACCAUUUAUUUGCACUAUCUUUUGGUGAAAGCAUUAGAAAACCUGUAGCCUUAAGUCCACUUCUUCACAUUACCUGGUUGUUGGUACAGGGUCAGUUUUAAUGUACUGUGCCUUAUUUCAAAAGAAAUAAAGUAUCAUGCCAGUGCCCUGUCCAGCCUUUCACUUCAGCAUACCACUGAACUGUCUGUAUUCUCGCAGAAGGUCCAUAUUUUUGCCUUGUAUUUCUGGUCUGUUCCUCAUAAAAGGAAAGGUUUGCUUUUCUGGCAAAUUGCUGAAGACUAAACUCACGAAAUAAUGACAUACAUUUGAGUUUGAUUUUGACUUUAUAUCCUUCAAAAAAUGCAUGCUAACACACAGCCUGUUAUUAUUCUAACAACUUUCUAAGUUUAUAAGAGGAAUAUUUAAAAUCUGCCCAUAUUUUUGGAUUUGUCCGGAUUUCGUGUGGGUUGAGAGGUAUGCCUUUCAGGUAACCAUAAGAGUGAGAGCUAUUGGUUGCUGAGGCAUCUAUGCUAUCUAUUUCAAAGUACGUCACAGAGUGCCAAGUAACACUGAACAAAUGCUCUCAUAGUUCCAGAAGAAUUAGUAUACUAAUGGAGGUUACCAUCAUUUUAGGGAAGUUAUAUGCCCCCAGAACACCACUGCAAAGAAGGCUAAGAGGAGACAAAAGGUAUAAUCCCAAAUUCAGAAUCAUGUGCUAAAUAGAUGAACAGAGUUUUUGUUCAAGGCUGUCUAGAAACCAUUACCUCUCCUGUGACAUGUGACCUCUCCUAUGACAUGUGACAUGCCCCCUUCCUAGUAGUUGCAAAGCCUUCCUCCUUAGUUUAUAUGAUAUUGUAUUGCAAAAGCAAACACUCAGUACUUCAUGGCAGCUACUAUUAAAAAGGACCACACUACAGAUCUGUAUGGGGGUGACUUUUGGUGAAUUAUUCUCUUGAUGCUAAGUUAUCAUAGGAAAGAUGAAAUAAAACAGCACAGUUUUGAGGUGCAUCCAAUGAGAAUUACCUCAUGUAUGAGUAUUUGUGAUGUCCAAAUUAAAAUUAAAGUACAAUAUAUAGUUCUGAAGGGUUCACUUCAGCAACAGUCAUGGCAAGCCAGACUCCUAGUAAUCCAGACAUGGGUUCAAAGCAUGUGUGUAGCCAGGAUUUUUGGAAUUGUACACAAACGUCCAGAAUGUAGGUCCCACUCCCACAAUGUAGCCUCUAUGCACUACAGAUACUGAAUGUUACUAGACAGUAUACCUUUGCAGUUUUGCAAAAGAAAAGCUUCUGAAAUAAAACAAACAGAAAAAAAAAAUAGCCAACUUGACAUUAUGAAAAAAAAGCUAUUUAAUACCUGACAUUUCAUGUCA